GAAGACCGGCUACCUUUAUAUGAGAACACACAUGUCCUGUAGUCUAAUAGUAGUAGCUAAUGAGAGAGGGAGUGUAAUAUACUGCGAGUCAUCGUCUGCUCUGAACGAGAAUAUUGUAUGAUUGGUCAGUGUGGAACUCCAGUAGUUUUACCAUCCUACAAAAACUGUGACCGUGGUGUUUUUAAGCUCGUGUGAUAACUGGAUCCCGUCAUCACACACAUUGAAUUAUAAUUAAUAUAUCAGUCCAUCGAGCUCAACCUCCAACAGCCAUGGCCAAGGUCAACUUCGAAGGUAAAUGGAAGCACACUAAAGACGAGAAGUUUGACGAUCUCCUUAAGGCUCUAGGUGUCAACAUACUCAAGAGAAAAGCCAUCACCUCCCUGUCACCCCAGCAGGAGAUCACCCAAAAUGGAGACCACUUCGUCGUCACUAAUAAGACAUCGAUCAAGACAGAGACACUGGAGUUUACUGUAGGCCAAGAGUUCAAGUUCAAGAAUCCUAUCUCGGGGAAAGAUGAGAUGCUGAUGACUGAGUGGGACGGUGAUAAGAUAGUUAUCACGAACAAGGCAGACCCGAAUGGAGUUGUAGCAACGAGAGAACUGAUAGAUGCCAAUCAUAUGACGAUAACACAAAGGAAAGGUGACGUCACAGCCGUCAGACAUUUCAACAAAGUAUAUUGGAAAUCACAAAUGGCAUCGUCGGGCGUGCUACCAGACAUGUCUGGGUACUGGAAGCUGAAGAAAAACGACGAAAACUUUGAGAAGUAUCUUCAAGCCAAUGGAAUAAACUUCGUCCUUAGGAAGGUUAUAAAAUCGGCCACCAUGUACCAAGAUAUUGAACAGGAUGGAAAUCAGUUCAAGAUCAAGAUCAUUUUGCCGGUUGGCCAACAAGAAAUGGAAUUCACAGUCGGUGAAGCUUUUGAGACGUACAAUAGCUUCCGCAAGGUUACCCUGCACAGAAUAGCAACUUGGGACGGACAGGCAAUGGUAUUGAAGUCAGCUAACUCUGGUGAUAAUGAACCGGAAGAGAAACGUGAGCUCGUAGAUGGUGCGUUGUGUAUCACAAUGACUAAAGGUGACGUCUCAACCAAGAGAAUUUUUGAGAAGGCAGAGAAAAAAUAAGAUACCGUUAAAAGCUGGUUGCUUGUUUGUGAGGUUGCAAGUUUUGAAUUAAAGGAGAACUUUGACAAAAGAUUAUUUUUCUUGAGAUAUCAUACAUUCUUUACAAAUUGAGUUACCACUUGGUUUCGGGCCAAUGCAUGUCAUAUUGAUUGCAUUAUACAUGUAUGAAACGAGGUAUAUCAAAAUAAUUAUGGUUAAAGGCGAAUUUCCCUUGUUUUUCUGUGUAAAAAUUAUACGAUCUCUCACACCCUACUUACCCUUCCGAAUCCUAUCGUUCU